GUUUGCCUCUCUAGGGUCUCAGUCGGAGGCUCCGUGCCCACGUGGAUACGUCUUGUGGUGGAAUUAGCGUGCCUUCCCUGCCAAGACGGCCCAAGACGUCCCGACGGCUGUCCGUAGCUGUUUUGGCUCACGUUGAUGUUUGCUGAAAGCCAGAUCAAGCAAUGGCCUUCCCAGAUUGACAUGUGCGCACAGUUGGUUUGGUGCUUUCGAAUCAAUCUGGUGCCCGACGGCUGUCCGUAGCAAUUUUGACUCAAGUUAAUGUUUCUUCAAAGCCUGAUAAAGCAAUGGCAUCCCUAGGACGACAUUUGCGCAUUGUCCCCUCCUCACCUCCUCCAGUGGCUCGAUGCCCUCGAGGCAAGCCGGUGCCGCAGGAUCUGCAGCCCUGUCGCCAGACGAGGGUGGCUCUCACGGUGCUGCUCUCAGGAGUGGCGUUGCUCGGUCGAAGAUAAGCCCAAUGCACACACGGCAUGGUCCAGGUCAUAGCAGGAUCGUUGCCCUCAAUCUGGCAAAGGCACACAGCAUGAGCACAUCCAAGUGGGACUCGCUCGUCAACGUUGCUGAUCUUAUCUGGGCAGCGGCAGUUGGCUCAUCAGUCACACUGCGUCUGUGGUGUAGCGUAAGGUUGUCCAGCUCCGCAGGCGCGCCUGCACUUGCCGCAAGCUGCUACGUGACGACGCUGGCCUUGCUCAUAUCUGCGUUGUUCCUUGUUCCGUUUGCGUCAUUGAAAAGUAUACCUCGUCGCAGCGGUCCGUGGUUCGGGGGCAUGUGCACAUUACCCGCGUUUUCUCUUGUGGCUGCUGCAAACAGCUUGGGCCUAGGGUUAGUACAGAUGGUCCUUCGCUUGGGCCUUCUUUCUACAGCUCUGUCCCUGGACAGCAUUACUGGAAUUCGUGGCAAGGAACUGUGGCGGCGUUUCGUCGGCACAGGAGUAGUCUUCAUCGGUGUAGCUGUGGGAAUUCUGGCUGGCAGGGAAGUCUCGAACUUGUUCGCACCAGCAUAUCUGACAGCCUUUUGGGUGGCGUGUACAUUCAUUUCAGGCUCAUGCUAUGUAUUUCAGGCUCGCCUGAUGGCAACGCCUGCCCAGCAAGCGGUACAAGUGGAUAAACAAACAGAUGCAGCCACUGAUGCGCUAGUGUGCCAGCUCACUAAUGCCUUGGUCCAGGUUCCGUUGCUCGUAGGGUUCCUCUUAGGCGGCAUGCCGUUUUAUUUCCACGGUAAGGAUCUUCAUCUUUGGCUUUUCACAGGGUUCCAAGGUGCUUGGUAUUUACACAGUCUUCAAACUUUGCCGAGCAGACUUGGUUAUUCAACCACGUUUGCGGUGAGCUUAUGGGGCCAGCUGCUGACUGCAGUUGUUCUGGAUAUCAUUGGAGGCAAUCAUGCUUUCUCGGCCGGCCAGUCGCUGGGCCUAGGGAUUGUAAUCUGCGGAGCAGUCAUAAGUGCCACUGGGGGCACUGGCAUGAAAGCUGUGUCUCCCCAGAAAUCUUCUAGUGAUGCAAGCGACCAUGCGAGUUGACGGCACUGACACAUGAAGCAACACGCGUGGGCAGGUAGGCGUAUUAGAGGAAAUUUGCCCAUUCGUUUGGUUUCAGCUGCAGGGUCAGUUUAAUUUAGCAUGCUGUUCUGUUUGGCAGCAGGCCUUGAUAACGCUUUGGGAACAAACAUCAUCAACAACUGUGAGUGUAGACGUGGGUAGAUCAUGAAACACGUCAAUAAUAUAUUGAUUUGUUUGCAUGGUCCGUGUAGCAAAUGGUUACGUCGGGCUGCAGGCUUUCAGGCCGCUUUCUGACAGCCACUGAAGAAACAACGACGUCCCGAAAGAAGCCCACGACGUCCACACAAGAUAAGAGCAAGCACGGCAAGAUGCUUCCAACUGUUACGAGGAUCGAGCGCUAGCAGUUCUCUUUGG